GGAGAAAAAGAAAGAACCACCUUGGAGGAAUGAUUUUCCCAGCAGAACUGACGUGUUCCAGCCGCAGUCUUCGCUCUUGCUGAGAAGAGGAUUUUAAGCGGGUAGCUACAUGACUGCGCUGAGCAGGGAACCGCCAACAUCAUGCGAGCACAAAUUGAAGUGAUACCAUGCAAAAUUUGUGGUGACAAAUCCUCUGGAAUACACUAUGGAGUCAUCACAUGUGAAGGCUGCAAGGGAUUCUUUAGGAGGAGCCAACAGAACAAUGCUUCAUAUUCCUGCCCAAGGCAGAGAAACUGUUUAAUUGACAGAACCAACAGAAAUCGUUGCCAACACUGCCGACUGCAGAAGUGUCUUGCCCUAGGAAUGUCUAGAGAUGCUGUAAAAUUUGGAAGAAUGUCCAAAAAGCAGAGGGACAGUCUGUAUGCUGAGGUACAGAAGCAUCAACAGCGACUGCAGGAGCAACGGCAGCAGCAGAGUGGUGAAGCUGAAGCCCUGGCCCGUGUCUACAGUAACAGCAUCAGCAAUGGCCUGAGCAACCUGAACAAUGACACUGGUGGCACUUAUUCCAAUGGGCAUGUCAUUGAUCUGCCCAAGUCUGAGGGCUAUUACAAUGUGGAUUCUGCCCAGCCCUCUCCAGAUCAAUCUGGCUUAGACAUGACUGGGAUCAAGCAGAUCAAGCAGGAACCUAUCUAUGACCUCACUUCUGUACCAAACUUGUUUACCUAUAGCUCCUGCAGCAAUGGACAAUUAGCUCCAGGAAUAACCAUGGCAGAAAUAGAUCGAAUUGCACAGAAUAUCAUCAAGUCCCAUCUGGAGACAUGUCAAUAUACAAUAGAGGAACUACAUCAGCUAGCCUGGCAAACCCACACAUAUGAGGAAAUCAAAGUAUACCAGAGCAAGUCAAGAGAAGCAUUGUGGCAGCAGUGCGCAAUCCAGAUCACUCAUGCUAUUCAGUAUGUGGUGGAAUUUGCAAAACGGAUAACAGGCUUUAUGGAGCUCUGUCAAAACGAUCAAAUUCUACUUCUCAAAUCAGGCUGCCUGGAAGUGGUUUUAGUGCGAAUGUGCCGUGCCUUCAAUCCACUCAACAACACUGUUCUGUUUGAAGGAAAAUAUGGAGGAAUGCAAAUGUUCAAGGCUUUGGGUUCUGAUGACCUGGUGAAUGAAGCAUUUGACUUUGCAAAGAAUCUAUGUUCUUUGCAGCUAACUGAAGAGGAAAUUGCCUUGUUUUCAUCUGCUGUCCUGAUAUCACCUGAUCGGGCUUGGCUAUUAGAACCAAGGAAGGUCCAAAAGCUUCAGGAAAAAAUUUAUUUUGCACUUCAGCAUGUGAUCCAGAAGAAUCAUCUUGAUGAUGAGACUUUGGCAAAGUUAGUAGCCAAGAUACCAAUCAUUACAGCACUUUGCAACUUGCACGGAGAAAAACUGCAGGUAUUUAAACAAUCUCAUCCUGACAUAGUGAACACACUAUUUCCUCCGUUAUACAAGGAACUUUUCAAUCCAGAUUCUACCACUGGCUGCAAGUGAAGGGGAAAAAUUAAUAAUGUCACAUAGUCCUGGAAUGCAUCACUGUUAAGACAAAAGAAUUGAUUCCAUGAAGACUUACUAAAAAUGUCACUACUGCAACACUAGGAAUGUCCUGCACUUAAUAGAAAUAUUUUUCAC